UUGAAUAGUAUUCAACGCUUUAUUGGCUCAACAACUGUCCCCAAACACCGGUAAGACCUUUGUCUGAUGUUGUCUGGUUUGCCUCUAUGCAAAUCAGCACAUGUGACAUCAGGGUACUUCCCUUUGUUUUGUUGUGUAGUAACCUGCCAAACCAGUUUUACCCGCCAUCCAGUCACUAUAUAAAUGUGUCACUGACCAUUCGAUCUGUCAGUACUGUCUCUGAAGCCGCGAGGGUCUGUAUCGACUGUUGAGCAUCAGCGUAUCUCGGAUCUUGAGUUUGACCAAAAUGAAAACUACAGUCAGAUCUCAUCUGAAACAAGGGGAGGGAGAGGAUAGACAGGAUUCUCCCCGUACCCACAAGUGCAGCUAUUGCGACAAGGAGUUUCCCCUGAAAUGUAGACUCAGCCGACACCUGCGAACUCACACUGGUGAGCGCCCAUACCAGUGUGGUGAAUGCGGGAAACGGUUUAGUCAUCAAUCUCACCUAAAGGACCACAUGAGAACUCACACCGGCGAGAAACCGUACCGAUGUGAGGAGUGCGGCAGGCGGUUUAGUAGGCCGGGCCAUCUGAAGAGACACAUGCGGACUCACACCGGCGAGAAACCGUACAAGUGUGAUGAAUGCAGCAAGCAGUUUAUUCAGCUAUCAAAACUUAAGAGUCACAUGCGCACUCACACUGGGGAAAGACCGUACAGGUGCGAGGAGUGCAGAAAACAGUUUAGUGACCUACGGUCUCUGAAGAGACACAUCCGGACUCACACAGGUGAGAAACCGUACACCUGCGAGGAGUGCAGCAAGCAGUUCGGUGACCAGGGUCAUCUGAAGAGACACAUCCAGAUCCACUCCGGGGAGAAACCUUACAGAUGUGAAGAGUGUAACAAACAGUUCAAUACGCUGUCAAAUCUGAAGACCCACAUGCGGAUUCACACAGGGGAAACGCCAUAUAGGUGUGAGAACUGCAGCAAGCAGUUCAGACAGCUGAGUGAACUGAAGUCACACAUGCGGACUCACACUGGGGAAAAGCCAUACAGGUGUGAGGAGUGCAGCAAGCAGUUCAGACAGCUGAGUCAUCUGAAGUCUCACAUGCGGACCCACACUGGGGAAAAGCCAUACAAGUGUGAAGAGUGCAGCAAGCAGUUCAGUCAGCUGGGUAAUCUGAAAGCACAUAAGAUGACUCACACAGGUUAGAAACUGUACAGGUGUGAGAAAUGCAACAAAGGCUUUUGUCAGUCAAGUAACAUGCGUGUCCACAUGCAAGCUCAUACUGGCGCAUGUCUUUCAAUGAUUGUGUGAAGAUAACAACAUGUGACGCAGUAGAAGACAUAGGUGAUGAGGGGAAGGAGCGUUGGCCCUUUUUUUACAGGAAUGUCAGUGUGUAAUGUUUAGGAAUAUAUACAUUAUGUACUGAUUUUGUUCUAGUACUGUACACAUUGGACUGACAUAAAGUGUACAAUGUCCAUGACCCCACUAAACAAUAAUGAUAGUUAUUUUUAGAGAGACUAUAAUUUGGUUUCGUCGUAUAUGAAAUUUGGUAAUAAGAGCUGUUCUUUUGAUGUUAUGUUACAGUAGUGUUUUCUCCGCUUUAGUUGCUGGAAGUUAAUGUUAGCAUUUAAUGAUAGUUAUAGCAAACAAGGAGGUCGCACCAAAAUGUUGCUGAAUAAUGUUUGCCCUUGCGCCAACUUUUAUGCCGUAUAGACCGGCUUUAGCUAGUAUUGUUGGCAAUAAUUUCACGAGACUUCAUCGUAUCAUAAUAAUCUUUAGUGUUCGGCUGUAGCAAAUUAAAAAUUAGCGUAACCAUCACUGGAUUAUAGUAUGUUGUACGUAUCAUGAUCCAUGUUCCGUUGAUUAGAACUAGAAGUAGUGUGUAAAUGCGACUGCGUUAAAUGGUCAGAUACCGUUCAUUUAACGUAAUGUAGCACUUGUUAUAGCCGUGUUUUCUUCGAUUCCAAGUUCUAAUUGUCACUUUGUAUUUGACCAACGUACGGUUGUAAAUGUACUGAAGCGUUUAGUAUCUGAUAGAGCAAACAUGUUAAUUGUGUCUGUAUCGAGAUGUUGCUAAACAAUGCUAUAUGUUUACACUAUAGUCUGCUAGUGAUUUGCUUAAUUUUCGUAAUCAUGUUAUAACAGUUACGGUGUUUUGUCGGCUUAAGCUGCUAAAGGUCUAAGUGUCACUUUAUAUUUGACUUAACAUACCAAAGCGCUUAGUAUCAGUUGUAGCACACAUUGAACUCUAUAUGCAUCAAGAUGUUGCUAAAUAGUAUUUGCCUAGUAGUUUGUAGUAGGCUGCUAGAGGUUUGUAAAAUUUCCGUAAUCCAGUUUCGUCAAUAAAUUAAAACACGACAUUGCUCUUU